AUGGCGGAUUUAAGAGAUGGACAUGAAACAGUCGAUCCCGCGAAUGUCAGGGUGAGAACAACGCAGACAUCUGGCCCCGGCCCCCGGGACAAUCGGAUCCAAGCAUCAGUCGUCCCUACCCAUCUGGGAUAUGCUGCUAGGGAGUUUGCAAGGCUUGGCGUCAAGUUAGGGGAGUUGGGAAUUAUCUCAAAAGAGGCGACUGAUAGUUUCUUCAAGACAAGCGUCCCUAGUGUUUAUGCAGUAGGUGAUGUAGCAACCUUUCCUUUGAAGUUAUACAAAGAGUUGAGGAGGGUAGAGCAUGUUGAUCAUUCAAGAAAAUCAGCAGAGCAGGCUGUAAAGGCUAUCAAGGCAAGCGAAGCAGGCCAAACUGUAGAUGAAUAUGAUUACCUGCCUUACUUCUACUCUCGUGCAUUUGAUUUAUCCUGGCAAUUCUAUGGAGACAAUGCUGGUGAUGCAGUUCUGUUUGGCGACAAUAACCCAUUGUCUGCGAAGCCAAAAUUUGGUUCUUAUUGGAUUAAAGAUGGUAAGGUUGUUGGUGCAUUUCUUGAAUCUGGUUCUCCUGAGGAGAACAAGGCCAUUGCAGAGAUAGCCAGGCUCCAGCCACCUGCACCAGACUUAGAGCAGCUAAAAAAUGAAGGUCUUUCAUUUGCAUCAAAGUUUUACAAAAGAAACUUGCGCAAGAAUAUUUCAAUCAAAAAUUGAUUGUUAUAGAUUUUGUUAUCGAGGCUUUAAAGUCAUUAUGCAAGUAUGAUAAUAUAUAUAGUAGUGAUAUUUGAGAUUUUUUUUUUAUUUUUAAUUCUUCUAUGCAUGAUGAAAUAGACUGAUCUGAUCUGAUUAAAAUUUUUAAUCAUUUAUUUUUCA